GUGACGUCCGCGCCGCUGUGGUCAGUGUUUGGUACCCGCUGCCAUGCCGAAGCGGAGCUGCCCGUUCGGGGACGCUUCCCCGCUGCAGCUCAAGGUCCAUGUGGGCCCGAGAGAGCUGAGCCGCGGGGUGUUCGCCCAGCGCUACUCGCGGGAGGUCUUCGAAAGAACCAAGCAGCUCCUUUUCCAAGGGGCCCAGGCCUGUAGAGACCACAUAUGGGGUGAAAGAUGUCCCAUCAUCCACCUGCCGGAGUCACUGAAGCCUGGCCUGGUGGGGGCCCCUCAAGCUGCAAGGGGACAGAUGCUGAUUGGACCUGAUGGCCGACUGAUACGGUGCCCAGCUCAGGCCUCAGAAGCUGGUCUGCCUGGGACAGCUCCCAUCGCUUGCUCAUCCUGUGUGAGAUCUGCAGAUGGGAAGGCGGUCUGCAGCCAGUGCGACCGUGCCCUGUGUGGACAAUGUAUAUACACCUGCUGGGGCUGCGGUGCCUUGGCCUGCAUGCUGUGUGGCCUUGCAGAUUACUCUGACGACGGUGAGAAGACACUUUGCACCAACUGUGCUAUGUUUGAAGCCUGACGCGGUGGCCAUGGACGGCACAAGAUGCUCACACUGAAGAGAGAGGAGCUGGCUUUUUAUACAUUAUGUUUUGUACCUCAGUAACGAGUGAAUAAACCUCUUUAUAUUUGCACAA